UUGAUUUAUAUAUUCUAUGGAAUUCUGUCAUAAAAGGUCAUGCCAAAAUAAAACAGAAAGCUUAGAUAAGCCUAAAGUUGCUUAUUUGCAACGUUUUAAAGACCCAAAAACAUUUUCGGACACAAAAAAUAAAUGUUUUUUAAUAUUUGGUCACAAAUCUUUAUAAUCAACGGAAAGAGGCAAAGGUGAUGUCAUAGCUUAUUUUAUUUUUCAUUUAUUGUUAACCCAUAUUAGAGUUACAGAUGUAACAAGCGUGGAAAAAGAAGUUCCACUUUUAUGAAUUAGAAAGUGAAAAAGAAGUGAAGCAAAAAUAUAUCUUUGUAUGAUUUUUCACAUGCAUUUGUUUAAACAAUGCAUAUGUAGUCAUUAAUUUUCUAUUAUAGUUUUCAUUUGUAUGCAUGUUUGAAUUUAAGAAAACUCGAGAAAACAUUACUAACGUCGAAUACUUUUUUUCUUUGCUAAGCGAGACUAAAUUGAUGACGUCAUGCGUCUUACGACGCGUAUUUUAUUAAAAAGAAAAAGAAAUCCAUUUACUUAAAUAAACGAAAAGAAAUAUAUAAUCACAAAGAUAUGACUAAGCAGAGGCCAAAUCAUUUCUGGGAAUAUAUAAUCGCAAUUUUUCUCUGACGUAUAAUUACGUCACAUCGAAUUUCGUAGAAUUUCAAAGUGACUUUCAAUGAAGAGUAUAAAUAAACAUAUUUAAUAUUUUUAACAUAGAACUGAGCAAU